GUGGCUGCGGCCGCGGGCGGGCGGUGAGGCUGGGCGAGCUUGCAGCUGGCGCCCCGGCUUGCUGCCCGCGCCUCGCCGCCCCUGGGGCUUGCUGCCUCGCGGGGGCCCGCGCCGCCCCUGCCUCCCCUUCCGGGCCAUGGUGCAACCUCAGGGCGCGUCCGUCCCCCGCCGCCGCUGACCCCGGUCCCCCACUCCAUGGCCGCCUCGGCGCCGCCCCCACCGGACAAGCUGGAGGGAGGUGGCGGCCCCGCACCGCCCCCUGCGCCGCCCAGCACCGGGAGGAAGCAGGGCAAGGCCGGUCUGCAAAUGAAGAGCCCAGAAAAGAAGCGAAGGAAGUCAAAUACUCAGGGCCCUGCAUACUCACAUCUGACGGAGUUUGCACCACCUCCGACUCCCAUGGUGGAUCACCUGGUUGCAUCCAACCCUUUUGAGGAUGACUUCGGAGCCCCAAAGGUGGGGGGUGCAGCCCCUCCAUUCCUUGGCAGUCCUGUCCCCUUUGGGGGCUUCCGUGUACAGGGGGGCAUGGCAGGCCAGGUACCCCCAGGCUAUGGCACUGGGGGUGGAGGAGGUCCCCAGCCUCUUCGUCGACAGCCCCCCCCCUUCCCUCCCAACCCCAUGGGCCCUGCUUUCAACAUGCCCCCCCAGGGCCCUGGCUACCCACCUCCAGGCAACAUGAACUUUCCUAGCCAACCCUUCAACCAGCCUCUGGGUCAAAACUUUAGUCCUCCUGGUGGGCAGAUGAUGCCAGGCCCAGUGGGGGGAUUUGGCCCCAUGAUCUCACCUACCAUGGGACAACCUCCCAGAGGGGAGCUGGGCCCCCCCUCUCUCCCUCAACGCUUUGCCCAGCCAGGGGCACCUUUUGGCCCUUCUCUCCAGAGACCUGGUCCGGGGCUCCCCGGCCUCCCCCCCAACACAAGUCCCUUCCCUGGUCCAGACCCUGGCUUUCCUGGCCCUGCUGGUGAAGAUGGGGGGAAACCCUUAAAUCCACCUGCUCCAACCGCUUUUCCCCAGGAGCCCCACUCAGGCUCCCCGGCUGCUGCUGUUAAUGGGAAUCAGCCCAGUUUUCCCCCAAAUAGCAGUGGGCGGGGUGGCGGCACCCCGGAUGCCAAUAGCCUGGCACCCCCUGGCAAGACAGGUGGGGGCUCAGGGCCCCAGCCUCCCCCAGGCCUGGUGUAUCCAUGUGGUGCCUGUCGGAGUGAGGUGAACGACGACCAAGAUGCCAUUCUGUGUGAGGUCUCCUGCCAAAAGUGGUUCCACCGCGAGUGCACGGGCAUGACUGAGAGCGCCUAUGGGCUGCUGACCACUGAGGCCUCUGCUGUCUGGGCCUGUGAUCUCUGCCUCAAGACCAAGGAGAUCCAGUCUGUCUACAUCCGCGAGGGCAUGGGGCAGCUGGUGGCUGCUAACGAUGGGUGAUGCUG